GCCAACGGGCGACCGAGGACAUCUCUCGCGAUGGGGAGAAAGAGAGCAUCGAUGGCGCCGGGCGAUGACCCUGAUGCGGAGAGAUCCAGCAAGAAGUCAAAGAAGAGGCGAAGAGAAGAGGGCCUCGCGGAGGGAGGUGUUGUCGGCGCUGGUGCUGGUGGUGGGAAGCGAGCGCCGAGCAGCAGAGAGGUGGUGCUGCGCCGUGCUGCGGAGGGCUCCGCGGGCCCGAUACUGGUGUCGUUCGCCAACCAGACUGUCCCUGGAGACAUGAGCGCGGUUGAGUUCCGGAUGCACGAGGCAGACGAUGAGGAGAGGGAAGGGCAGAAGAUUGUCAUGGGCGAUGGUGGCAGGAUGGACUACUGGGGGCUCAACUUCGGACCGGGGGCGGAGUCUAACGACUUGUGCAGGUUCCUGGUGGGCGUGGAAGACGGAGCCACCGGAGAACUCAUCCUCCACGAAGCGGGGCACGCCUACUCCCUCCGCCAGAGCGUGGGGGACAAGGACGAUAACAUCGAGGACUUCGCCAUGGAGGGGCUGGAGUACAAGCAGAGGAAGGACGCCCUGGUGAACCAGUUCGGCAGCAAGAAGAAGAAGGCCGCCAUCAGAUCUCGAGACGCUAAUGUGAUCCAGGCGGGUUCGGUGGUCGGGGGCUCCGCCAUGUCGCGCGUUCUGGGUCGGGCGUUGAAGGAGGAGGAAGGCGGCGGGGCUGGCGGAGUUGACGGCGAUCCCACCGCUACGGACGGCGCCUUAGCUGCGGUGGAAGAAGCACGCCGUCGUUUCCUCCCCAAGAUGCGGACGGAGGCGUCCACGCCGGAGGGGGUGUACUCGGCCGGCGAUAUCGCUGGCGUCCAGGAGCUGGAGUCCAUGGAGAGGGAGAUCGACAGGGCGGCUGAGCAAAUUGAGGGGGGUAUGCACCAGUGGGCAAAGGAUUUCGCGGAGCGCCCUCGCGAGAGCUGCCCUCAUUUCGUCGGCAAGCGGCUGACGCUUCUCCUAGACCUCGGGGAGAGGAAUCAGAAGAGGAGGAUGCUCGAGCUGCUAUACCUGCGGCACAUGUGCGUGUUUCACCACGCUAGCGCCCUUCUCAAGGGCACCCCGGCGCAGCUGUCCGCCAAGCUGGACAUCCCCGAGAUCGUGCUGAGGCGUCUCCUCGAGAAGUUCAGCGUCUGCGAGAAGAAGGGUGCGGGCGGGACGGCCAAUUACGUCCGCACCAAGACCCUCAAGAACCAGCUCGUGGUGCACGCCCUGUGCCUCGCCCUCGUGCUGGAGGGGUGCCGCUUGGAGAUUGGUGUCCUGGCUGAGGACUUCAGGCUGUCUACCGCGGAGGCUAGGAGCAUGCUCCGCGAGCUGGGCUGCACUGCGACCAACACUAGCGCGCACCUCAAGCUUCCGCUCACGUUCCCUCGGUCCCGCAAGGCCCGAGCGAGCACCAAGUAGACCGGCUCCGCGACGGCGUUCAACCGGCACUUUUCUGCUGCAAGCCCGAUACGCUGCGGUGCCGAGCGAUGCGGCGACAUACGAAAACGGCUUUUCUGCCGCAAGCCCGGUGCACUGCAGUGAUAGGUAGACGCGUCCGACGACACGCGAAAGAAACGAUCUUUUCUGCAGCAAGCCUGGCGCCCGGGGGCACGUGGACUAUUCGGCGGCACGCAAAACGCUUUUUCUGCCGCAAGCCCGAUGCACUUGCGGCGGUGACAAGACUCGACAACGACAAAGGGAACGGUCGUUUUGCCGUACACGCAACGACACACAACAGGCGUUUGCCGCCGCAAGCUCGAUACAAGACGAAAGUCGUGUAGCGGUUAGACCAGGACGUACUGUCGCGUUUUUCAUGCUUUAACGGUUAGACCAAGCGUCCUCGAAAGGCGGUGCUGCCGGCGACAACGCAAACCGGACGUCCGGCUGACGGUGCUCUCGUGUGAAGUGAUCAUGUACGAUACAAAACGAAAGUCAAGCGGCGGCAGUGCUGUAGGGUUUCCGGGUCGUUUUGUGUCCACCAGUGUAGCAGCAACACGAGUUGGCGGCGUAUCAUCUUAGUUUCUAUGAUGGUGGUUGCCGUGUUAUGAUUCUUGUAUUAUUGUGGUGCGUGUGUUUCGGUUCGUGACUCUCUCGCCCAACGCCUUGAUGAUGAGCGGUAUGCAUGCGAGGUACAUACGAGACGGCUUGACAGGCGGAGGUGACGGAGACGUCCUGAUUUAUAGGGCAACAAAUGAAACUUUGAUUUUUCUACAUAUAAACCAGUGGUGCGGUUCCCUUUCUGUCUACGCAGUGUUUGCACAGCGUCAAUACAAGUUUGACGUGCCGACAUCAUCACGGCGUGUCGGGGUUUUCUUGGAAAGUUCGUUGUGUGGCGGUUCCAUUUGUGAUCUUUCCUCUCAGAAAAGAUCAGAUUUGCUUUAGGCUGUUCCGACUUGUGGACUGUUUCUUUGUUCUUGCAACAAUGCGUGGUUUUCUCU